AUGUCUCAGCUGAACGAAAUCCGCGGCCGACUGGCACUGAUAACCGGCGCCUCUGGAGGAAUUGGUGCAGCUUGCGCACGACAGCUGGCUGAGCGCGAGGUCCAUUUGGCUUUGACGUACUCAUCCAACUCGGCUUCAAUCACAUCUCUGAGGGAUGAGCUGUCAUCAAAAUACCCUACACUCCGGAUUACAAUUCACCAGGUCGAUGUGGCAUCUGCUGAACAAAUUGAGGCUAUGUUCGUGCAGAUUGACGAGCAACAUGGACAACGACCUGACAUCCUUGUCUCCAACGCCGGCCACGGCAAGCGAAUCCGUCAGAUCUGGGAUAUUUCACUCGAGGACUUCGACUAUACGUUGAAUGUCAACCUUCGAGCCUCAUUCAUAUUGUCAAAGGGAGUGGUUGAGCACAUGAAGAAUCAGCGAUGGGGACGAAUCGUGUUCAUGUCCUCGAUUGCUGGCUACGGAGGAGGUAUCAAUGGUUGCCAUUAUGCCGCCUCGAAGGCUGGCAUGACCGGUAUGAUGAAGAAUCUCUCCACUCGACUGGCGGAGUACAAUAUUAGCGUGAAUGACGUCGCACCUGCGAUCAUCGGCGACACGGGGAUGAUCCCUAAUGCCGACUCGGUUCCGGAGAUUGCGGCAAGUAUACCCCUUGGGCGGGUUGGAACUCCAGGAGAGGUUGCGAAUGUGGUGACUAUGCUUGUGACGACAGGUUACAUGACGGGCCAAAGCUUGCUGAUCGGAGGCGGCUUGAAAUAG